CAGCAUUCCAAACACAAACACCCAAAUAGUGUUCCCUCUGACGCCAGGCUCAGCAUUAAGCAAGAUGCUGGGUCGCGUUGCACGGCUGCCUGCCCGUGGCUUCAAGACCGGCGCCCUGUUCUCUACGGUGGUGGAGGAUGAAGUCCGGAAGUUCAACGCCGCGUCUUCCGAUUGGUGGGCCCCUAAGAGCACGACGGGUGUUGGACCUCUGCACCAGAUCAACCCUGUACGUGUCAAGUACAUUCGCAGCCACGUGAUCGGUCAUUUCGGCCGUACGACUGACGACGACCCCAUGCCGCUGCGCGGUUUGCGCGUGGCGGAUGUGGGCUGCGGUGGCGGAAUUCUGUCGGAGGCAUUGUGUCGCAUUGGCGGCACGAUGGUAUCCGCUGACCCUGGUGAGGAUAACAUUGCAGCGGCGAAGAAUCAUGCCGCCAUGAGUCGCCACACCAGCAGUAUCGACUACCGUCAGUGCACGUCUGAUGACCUGGUGGCACAAGGAGAGCAGUUCGACGUGGUGUGUUCGCUAGAAGUCAUUGAGCACGUAUCUGACGUGCCUGCUUUCUUACACUCACUCUCGCCUCUGGUGAAGCCGGGUGGUUUGCUGUUCCUGUCGUCGAUCAACCGCACGGCGUUGUCAGCCGCUCUUGCUAUUGGCGCCGCGGAAUAUGUGAUGCGUAUCGUCCCUCCAGGUACACACGAUUGGAACAAGUUUGUGCAGCCUGGCGAGAUUGAGACCGAAUUGAGGAAGGACGGAUUUACUGUGAAAGACGUGUCGGGUAUUGUAGGAGAUCUGAUCUUUCGCAGCUGGUGUAUUCAUCCGACGUGCACAGAUAUCAACUACAUCCUGUGUGCCACCAAGCCUCAAGAGUAAACAGUAACAAGAACCACCAUGCUGCAAAGCGCGCUGGCUUACGAAGUCUUUAGCUUAAGAUGUGUAGGCUACUCGCACAGUAUCUAGCAAGCUACCGAUCGUCUUCUGAAUCAUCUCCACCCUGCAGUUUGGUUUUAGCGGCAUCAUCGGUACGUGCGCUAUAAUAACGCUGAGCACUCCAAUACGAUGCAACUAAGGCUUCGUAUCGCUCGUUCUUGACGAGAGAAAGCUGCAUGUCGUGGUCGUCCAAAGUGGCCUGAUCCUUCAGCAUGCGAUGAAAUAGUCGAUCUCGUGCAGCUUCGGUUGCCGGCCAGUUCGACGGCACUGCCAGGCCCGCAAGUUCCUUCCAUUGGUGCUCUAGCGCAUCUAGCAUGGAGUAUUAGACACGCGUUAGUGGCGUUUGAAGAUGUUUCGAGACUGCAAGAUGAUCGCGUGGCGUACUUGCACCGCUGAACUCGACGUGAAUGUGCGUCUUACUAUCCUCAUUGGAGCUUAUUUCGUCUUUAGCUUCUAGCUCUCGCAACUUUCGACUGCAGUACCAGAUAUGAAUCAGCACUAUGUUUGAUAUGAAAGAAACAAAGGUAAACUACGUACCGGAUUGUUUGAAACGCGCUCAUGGAGAUGAAUACUACAAGUAUUGAAGUUUGCUGAACUGCAACGGCAGCGGUGAGGGAGCUUGCUGUGUGCGGAAAUCGUGGAUCUCCCAGUAUGAUUCCUGCCGCACGUUUGGCUUCAAAGUAGGCUAUUUGCUGCAUUAGCGAGCACCCACGAGGGCUCUUAGGAUCUCGUAAUCGGAUAGCAAUGAAAGAAUCAGCCAUAUUGCUGCGGCGUGAGAGCGGUGAUAUCCGCAUCGGGUCUGUUUCGCACGGGUUAAACACUUUGAAGUCGGGGAAGAUAAGAUCAUUUCUGCCGAUAGGAAGGUUUACUCCAGUGGUGCCGCCACCCGAACUAUAAUCCGCGGGCU